AUGGGUCAAGCUGUUCUUGCGGCUCCUACCAAUGCCACCUCUUCUGCCAAGGUUCACUGGCUAGGUGAUAAGCCUGACUUUAUCUCGGGCGUCACUUUUGGUCUUCCGUGGCCGAGGUCCAAGCACUUUCCUGAAAACACCCAGUUUUCUCUUUCGGGUCAGAGUGCUGAUCUUCAGUCAUGGGUCACUGGCUACUGGCCGGAUGGCUCGGUGAAGUGGACCGGUCACGCAAUUGCAGGGUCCGACAGCCCGGUUGACGAAUAUGUCGUCAAGGCUACGACUGCACGGGGCUCCAUCAACUCAACUGCCUCAACCGGUGCCGGAAAGAAGGGUGCUGUCGUUGUUACCGAGAGCGCCGAUGGCAUCGAAGUCGGAACUGGCAAGGUUACCGCAGUUUUCCCCAAGAAGGGCUCUGUCAUUGUCAAGUCUAUCGAGUCUGCAGAUGGAAAGCAAGUCGCCCAGAACGGAAAGCUUGUGCUUCACUCCCAGACUGGAGUUUCCCACGCCUUCGAAGACGAGACCGACACCCCAAUCAAGUCUCUUCGCUUCCAGAGCUCCAUCGACAACGUCACCAUCAGUGAGCAAACCUCUGUUCGCGCCCUUGUCACUGUUAGGGGCAAGCAUGAAGCUGCCAGUGGAUCCCACGACCCUUGGCUUCCCUUCGUCCUCCGGUUCUAUUUGUACUCCAACUCUGAGUCCAUCAAGAUUAUUCACAGCUUGGUGUUUGAUGGAGAUGCUUCCAAGGACUUUGUCUCCGGUCUUGGUCUCCGAUUCGAUGUCCCGCUCAAGGGCGAGGAGCUGUACAACCGUCAUGUCAGAAUUGCUGGUGUCGAGGGUGGCCUGCUCAGCGAAGCUGUUCAACCCAUUACUGGACAAAGGAGAGACCCGGGCCAGGCUGUCAAGACUGCUCAGUUCGAUGGCAAGGAACUUCCCGAUGUUAGCACUUGGGACACCAGAGUCUCUUCUCGUCUUCACUGGAUCCCAGCAUGGAACGACUACAGCCUGAGCCAGCUUUCACCCGAUGGCUUCACCAUCAAGAAGAGAACCAAGUCAGGGCAGAGUUGGAUCAAUAUCCCCGCUGGCACUCGCGCUGAGGGUCUGGUCUACCUUGGUGGAGCUACCAAGGGUGGCUUGGCCGUUGGACUUCGAGAUUUCUGGAAGCGAUACCCCACUGGCUUCGACAUUGCUCAAGCUGGCUCUGAUACCGGAAGCAUCACUCUCUGGCUCUACAGCCCCUCUGCCGAGCCCCUCGACCUUAGGCCUUACCACGAUGGCCUAGGUCAGAAGAACUACACCGACGAAUUGGAUGCUCUUGAGAUCACCUAUGAGGACUGGGAAAAGGACUUCGAUACCCCGUAUGGAAUUGCUCGAACUAGUGAGAUUUAUCUCAUCGCUUUCGAUCAGACCCCCUCACGCGAGAAGUUCGCCAGCUUUGUCAGCCAGAUCAACAACCCUCCUGUCCUCACCCCCGAGUCCGCAUACAUCCGGGAGACCAAGGCGAUUGGCACAUACUGGGCUCCUGCGGACUCUACCAGCGCCGCCUCUAAGACUCUUGAGGAGCAUCUUGAUUUCCUUGCCAAGUUCUAUCAAUCUGAAGUUGAGCAUCGCCGCUGGUACGGAUUCCUCGACUACGGUGACUUUAUGCACGCCUACGACGUCGACAGACACACUUGGCGUUACGAUGUUGGAGGUUAUGCUUGGGAUAACUCUGAGCUUUCUCCUGAUCUCUUCUUCUGGCAGUACUUCCUUCGCACCGGCCGAGAGGAUAUCUACCGCUUCGCUGAGGCUCUUACUCGUCACACUGGAGAGGUUGAUGUCUACCAUCUUGGUAACUGGAAGGGUCUGGGUACUCGACACGGCGUGCAGCACUUCAGUGAUAGCGCGAAGCAGGCUCGUAUCUCACAGCCCCAGUACCGAAAGUACUUCUUCUACUUGUCCGGUGGUGACGAGAGAAUUGGAGAACUCUUCGAGGAACUGCUCGACACUGAUAAGACCUACGGCGUUCUUGAUCCUGUGCGAAAGGUUCGCACGGACGGAUGGAAGCCUACCCCCAACUCAACCGUCGCCUUUCAGUUGGGAACUGAUUGGUCAUCCCUCGCUGGUGGUUGGCUCAUCGACUGGGAGCGCCGUGGACCUCGAUGGGAGGAGUCCAAGGCUAAGCUCACCAACACGGUUCAGGGCAUCGCCAAGCUGAAGAACGGCUUCGUCACGGGCUCUGGUCUGUAUGAUCUCGGGAAAUGGGAAUUGGGCCCGCCUCCCGCCGAUCCCGACAACAAGGGAGUCGUCUCCAUCUCUCACUUGUCAGCUGUCUUUGGUCUUCCCGAGGUUGUCUCUGAGCUCAUUGAGUACUACGCGGAUGAUUUGCCCAAAGGUUUCAAGCAGGCCUGGCUUGACUACUGCUACUACUUCAGCGCUACCAAGGAGGAGCAGAAGGCUCGCUAUGGUGUCGAGUUUGGCAAGUUGAACCUCUACCAGGGACACUCUCGCCUGACUGCAUAUGCUUCGUCUCAGCUGAAGAACGAGACCAUUGCUGACCGAGCUUGGAAGGAGUUCUUUGAGACUGAUGGCUUCAAGGCUACUUCCCCUUGGGCCACUACUCCCAUUGCCAAGCAUGACGGCCUUAUCCCCGGAAACGAGGCCAGCUGGGUCUCUACUAACGAUGUUGCUCAGUAUGGAUUGGCUGUGAUUCAGAAUCUGGCUUUGGUGAAGGAUGCCCUUGAGAAUUAUGGUGCUUAA